AUGAAGCUGGUCUUAUUCGUCUUAUUAUCAAGUACGUUAGAGAUCCUUUUGACAUUCUGUGAAGACAUACCAGCAUCGCAAUUACCGUUUCCCAAAAGAGAUGGCGGAAUUGCCACUGUGAGCCAAAAGAACGUUCACGAUCUAAGCGGCGGCACGAGUGUUGCCACUGGGCCAGCACCAAAGAAGCUUCGAGCGGGAACUCGAUCAUUCGAGAAUGAAGAACAUAUGCGAAAAUCUUUUAGUGAAAUAGGUCGAAAAGGCGGUUUAGCAACCAGUCAAGCUUAUCUCAAAGCAGCAGGUGGCAAUCCUCGUUUGGCGAAAAAGUUACGAUCAAACGCAGCUAAAGAUAGUAUGAAAGCACGUCAAGAAAUUCAUUCCAAAGAAGCUGGAAUGGCUAGAUAUCAACAAUCAAAUGAUGCUUAUAGGGCACGCUUCGAAGCUUCUGCACUUAAAGCGAAGGAGAAAGGUCUGUCACCAUGA